UUAUUAAGGGUCAAGGUUGCAAGGUCAUCUUUCCACCUUCUUUUUCCAUCCCUUCUUCUCACCAGGCCCACUUCUGCCUGACCCCAAUCCAUGUUGGGGAGCUAGGGAAUGGGUUGCUAUCACUCUCAGGGGGGUGGGGCAUGGAAUGAGAUGGGGAUCCAAAGAUGAGGAGCAGUCACUGGAUCUUCCUAGACCCUGAGCAUCCCUUUGGAGGCUCCAUUCCACAUUGUAUCCAAUACACUAUUAGCGACAUCCCACAUGAAGCAUAAUUUACAGAUAAAACUAUGAGUCGAGUUGAUUUGGAGUUGAGUUGUUGGGAUGAUGUUGCUUUUUGUGGACAUUUAAUUCAGCAUUUAUUUCUAUUUUGAAGUUUUCUUUUCCUAUUUUGGAUCUAAUGGGUAGUUUUUCUUUCUGCUCUCAGCUGCGUUCAUAGUUCUUUGAAAAGCCGCAGCGCCUGCAGGGCCUGAGCUUGGAAAUUGCCCCAGAGCAGGCUAGGCUGGGAGGGGAGUCCAGCCAGGAGGAGAAGGCUGAGGGAGGACAGGCUCUCAGAGCUUUUCAGGAAGCAUCUGAGCUGCCAGUCUCAGGUCAGCUGGAUGAUGCCACAAGGGCCCGCAUGGGGCAGCCCCGUUGUGGCCUGGAGGACCCCUUCAACCAGAAGACCCUUAAAUACCUCCUGCUGGGCCGCUGGAGAAAGAAGCACCUGACCUUCCGCAUCUUGAACCUGCCUUCCACCCUUCCACCCCACACAGCCCGGGCUGCCCUGCUUCAAGCCUUCCAGUACUGGAGCAAUGUGGCCCCCCUGACCUUCCGGGAGGUGCAGGCUGGCUUCGCUGACAUCCGCCUCUCCUUCCAUGGCCGUCAGACACCAUACUGCUCCAAUUCCUUUGAUGGGCCUGGGAGGGUCCUGGCCCAUGCUGACAUCCCAGAGCUGGGCAGUGUGCACUUUGAUGAAGAUGAACUCUGGACUGAGAGGACUUACCAAGGGGUGAAUCUGCGCAUCAUUGCAGCCCACGAACUGGGCCAUGCCCUGGGGCUUGGGCACUCUCGAUAUACCCAGGCCCUCAUGGCCCCUGUCUAUGCUGGCUACCGGCCCCACUUCAAGCUGCACCCAGAUGAUGUGGCAGGGAUUCAGGCUCUCUACGGGAAGAAGAACCCAGAGACAGAAGAUGAGGAAGAAGAGAUGGAGCUCCCCACUGUACCACAUGUACCCACAGAACCCAGUCCCAUGCCAGACCCCUGCAGUGGUGAACUGGAUGCCAUGAUGUUGGGGCCCCGCGGGAAGACUUAUGCCUUCAAGGGGAACUACGUGUGGACAGUGACCGAUUCAGGGCUGGGUCCCUUGUUCCAAGUGUCUGCCCUUUGGGAGGGGCUCCCAGGAAACCUAGAUGCUGCUGUCUACUCUCCUCGAACACAAUGGAUUCACUUCUUUAAGGGAGACAAGGUGUGGCGCUAUAUUAAUUUCAAGAUGUCUCCUGGCUUCCCCAAGAAGCUGAACAGGGUAGAACCCAACCUGGAUGCAGCUCUCUAUUGGCCUUUCAACCAAAAGGUGUUCCUCUUUAAGGGCUCCGGGUACUGGCAGUGGGAUGAGCUGGCCCGAACGGACUUCAGCCACUACCCUAAACCAAUCAAAGGCUUGUUUACCGGAGCGCCAAACCAGCCCUCUGCUGCUAUGAGCUGGCGGGAUGGCCAGGUCUAUUUCUUCAAGGGUAAACAAUACUGGCGCCUCAACAGGCAGCUUCGAGGAGAUAAAGGCUAUCCCAGAGAUACUGCCCACCACUGGAUGCACUGUCAUCCCCAGACCUCAGACCCCACUCUGUCAGGUGGAGAUGCCACUUCUUUAUCCUCAAGCACUGACCACUCUGCCAUAGGAACCACCUUGGGUUCCACUUCCUCAGCCAUAGGUACCACCUUGAACACUGACCACCCACCCAGAGACCCUAUCUUGGACAUUAGCCCCUCAGCCACAGGCUCCCCCACCCUUUCAUUCCCUGGUAAUGUCACCGGCCAGGAGGCCUGAGAGGAGUCAAAUGUCUGCUCCCUAGCCUGCAGGGCUGCGUCAGGGGGAAUGAACAAUAGACUUCAGGGCUUGAAAGGUCCCAGCUCCGGCCACCACUCCUCUGUGCUCUUGCCCUCCUAGGCAGUGACUCCUUAACUCUGGGUCAGCUCCCAACUCUAUACAUUCCUUCGCUCAUCCUACAUAGCACCUUCCAACUGUGUUAUCGACUUUCUGGAAGACAGCAGUAGAAGGCAGGCAUCCCUCAGGACACGGCCUGAAAAUGGCAUGGCCAGUAAAAUGAGUAAGGGCUUUGGAACCCUUUAAGAAUCACAUUUACUUGCUUAUGACUUUGGGCAAGUUAAUGAACCUCAUUGAACCUCAGAUUCCCCAUCUGCUCAAUAAGGUUAAUACUAGUCCUGCAGGGUGUUUGCAUUAAAUGAAAUACUUUUUGUGAAGUGCAGAGCACAAUGUCUGGCACAUCUGUGCUUAAUAAAGGCUAACUCCAUGUUCAUUAAAGAGGACUGAACAGCUC